AAGAUAUUUUGCGACACUUUAAUACGCCGCACGGCAGCUGCCGUCUUUGGAUGCAACGUGGAGUUGUUUACUAUUUCUGUCAGCUCUUUGGGUUGAAAGAACAGAUGUAAAUCCUUAAAAUAGCUUUUGCCCGUUUUGUUUUUAGACUGUGUGCCUGACGGAAAUAAUGGGAAAACCAAAGAAAAAGAGCGACCUCAGCAAAGCUGAGCUGAUGAUGAUGACAAUUGCUGAUGUCAUUAAGCAGCUUGUUGAAGCUCACGAACAAGGCAAAGACAUAAAUCUCAACAAAGUGAAGACCAAGACUUCAGCUAAAUAUGGACUUGAAGCACAGCCUCGACUUGUGGACAUCAUCGCUGCUGUUCCCCCUCAAUAUCGUCGUAUUCUGGUGCCCAAACUGAAGGCCAAACCCAUCCGUACUGCCAGCGGGAUCGCAGUGGUGGCUGUGAUGUGCAAGCCACAUCGAUGUCCUCACAUCAGCUUUACAGGAAACAUAUGUGUCUACUGUCCUGGUGGUCCAGACUCAGACUUCGAGUACUCCACACAGUCUUACACUGGCUAUGAGCCUACCUCCAUGAGAGCCAUUCGAGCACGCUAUGACCCCUACCUUCAGACCAGACAUCGAGUGGAGCAGCUAAAGCAGCUGGGUCACAGUGUUGACAAGGUGGAGUUUAUCGUGAUGGGCGGGACCUUUAUGGCUCUGCCUGAGGAGUAUCGGGAUAGUUUCAUUAGGAAUCUGCACGAUGCCCUCUCAGGACACACUUCCAACAAUGUGGCAGAAGCUGUCAGAUACUCCGAGCGCAGUAACACCAAGUGUGUGGGAAUCACCAUCGAGACGCGCCCUGAUUACUGCCUGAAGAGACACCUCAGCGACAUGCUGGGCUACGGCUGCACCAGGCUGGAGAUCGGCGUACAGAGUGUGUAUGAAGACGUGGCCCGCGACACCAACAGAGGGCACACAGUACGAGCCGUGUGCGAGUCUUUCCACCUGGCAAAAGACGCUGGCUUCAAAGUGGUCGCCCACAUGAUGCCGGACCUGCCCAACGUGGGCAUGGAGAGGGACGUGGAGCAGUUCAUUGAGUUCUUUGAGAACCCUGCGUUUCGUCCCGAUGGGUUGAAGCUGUACCCGACCCUGGUGAUCCGCGGCACGGGCCUGUAUGAGCUCUGGAAGACUGGUCGCUACAAGAGCUACUCCCCCAGCGCACUGGUGGACCUGGUGGCAAGAAUCCUGGCACUGGUUCCACCUUGGACACGAGUGUACCGUGUGCAGAGGGACAUCCCAAUGCCACUUGUGAGCUCUGGAGUGGAGCACGGCAACCUGCGAGAGUUGGCACUGGCCCGGAUGAAGGACAUGGGCACCGAGUGUCGAGACGUGAGAACCCGAGAAGUGGGCAUUCAGGAGAUACACCACAAAGUUCGGCCUUAUCAGGUGGAGCUGGUGCGCAGAGACUACGUGGCCAACGGCAGCUGGGAGACCUUCCUGUCCUACGAGGACCCGGAGCAGGACAUCCUGAUCGGCCUGCUGCGUCUGCGGCGCUGCUCCCCACAGUCGUUCCGGCCCGAGCUGAAAGGAGGCGUGUCAAUUGUCCGCGAGCUGCACGUGUACGGCAGCGUCGUCCCUGUCAGCAGCAGAGACCCCAGCAAGUUCCAGCAUCAGGGCUUUGGUAUGAUGCUGAUGGAGGAGGCAGAGAGAAUCGCCAGAGAUGAACACGGCUCCUGCAAACUGGCCGUUAUCUCAGGCGUUGGAACGAGGAACUACUACAGAAAGAUGGGCUAUGAGUUGGAGGGACCAUACAUGGUGAAGGACCUGUACGGACCCGCAAUGGAUUAAACAAGGACAAUGUUUUUAUCUGGAUACACAAACACGCGCCGUUUUGUUUAUCAGGACAGUAUUCACAGGACUUGAUUCUGCUUUUCAAGCAUCAGAGGAGAUAAUAAUUGGCUUUUUCCCUUCAGUCAGUACAUCUGCCGCUUUUAUCUGCUGCACACAUUGCAGCGCUUCUCCUCUGCAUGUUUUAGAUAAGGAAACAGAGACUACGUAAGGCGUUUACUCAAGUUAUAUAGGAAUAAAAGCAGCAUCUCAUUAAUAAGCCUGAGUGCGGGUUUGAGGUGUAAACAUUCAGUACUGAAGUAGACUUGGUGAGGACGAAUGGCUGUACAUUCUAAAAAAGAACCGAUCUGUGACAUCAUUUGGCUUUUUUAGCUUUCCAGACUGGAACUGAUUCAGCUGGACAACGAAAAGCUUCGUCCUGAGGCAUUUUUAAUUCUGCUCACACGCCACACGUCAUGUCCAGCUGUCCCUUGCGUGUUUUUGUUUCUCGAUCCCGGUUUUGGUUUAGGAUCUGAAAGCAGUUUAGCUCCACGAUUGGAGUUAAUCAAAUUUAUGUUGCAAUUAAAUAGGAACCCAUUAUGGGUCGGGCAUUUAAUGGCUGGCAGUGGCUGAAUGAACAGUGGUAAGUGUCUUCACUGGGCAGCCAUUGUGUUAUUGCCCACUUUUGAUUUAUAGAACAGGAAACUGAAUAUUAGCGUUAUAUAAAUUUGCUUUUUAAAGCCCCACAGUUAAUCCUGUUACUUGUUUUCCAGUCAUGCCUUGUCUGGCUGCGUUUUUCCACCGGAUUCCAAAAGCUCAAACACACAACUCGAGUAUAUUUCAGUCAUGAUUUAUGUUCUGCCUUGUGAGCAACUAUUGAUGUUACAGAAAUCUUUGCGAGACAUCUCAAAUCUAAAUUCCGGCCGGUUUAUCGUCCUGAAGAUCCCCACAUCAUAAGAACAGCGGGAGCUUCUGUAAUGGAUUCCAUAGUGUCGGAAGAUGGCAGCCCCUGGCAGGAGCCUCCUGGUGAUUGCCCUGUGAGAGCACUUUACCGGUUCAUUUGACACAGCCUUUCCAGUUACAUCUCUAUCAGUUACCUGUCUGUUGACCACUGACUAAACGCAGUACACAGUCACAUUGUUACUGGAAAGGGUGUGUUGUUUGAAUAAUCGGUAGCAAUAAAGUGCUGAACAAUCAGGCAGCAAAUUAAGUCCUAGAUUCCAACUGCACGGAGCGAGUGGAGCAGAACGGCCAUGCGUAAUUUCCUGGAAGCGGCUCUGUGUCGUGACUGCUGUGCUGUGCUGCGUCUUGGUGUUGCAGUCCUGACGCAGUGAGGAAUUGGCCACUUUCAACCUUCUUCUCUAUGCUUGCUUACUAUUGCUAUCAGCUGUGAAAUCUGAAAGGACUCCCCCGCCCCCCGCCUGGAAUCGCUGAGUCUGUUCUCUUUUUUUUUCUGUAGAGGAGGCAGAGCCUAAUCUUUACUGCAAUAUGAGGAGAAGCGUAGCAGGUUACUGAACUGAAUGAAGGUUGCAAGAAGCGCCUACUGAAAAUAUCAGUGAGGCCAGAGACAAAAGCUUAGCUUUCUACUUUAUCUCUGUAAAUAAUGUUAGUUUGUUUUUACUUGUCAUUGAAGUUACGGAAUAAAAAUGAAACUGUACCAGUUCA